AUGUUUGUUCUUGUUCUUGGUCGUUCCCUCACUUCCUCUUCCUUAUAUAAGACUUCCCCUUUCACUCAAAUUCCAAUCCAAUUCAAACCCAUUUUUCUUCUUCCCCAAAAGCUUCAAUCUUUAGUCCCAAUUCAACCUUCUUCUUCAUCCAUGGCUACUUGUGUUGAUUCUUCAACUCCUUCUCUUUCUCGCAAACCAAACGUCUCUCAACCCGAUGAUUGUUCCUUCAACUUCGCCAAAUUCUUCCAACCCACUUUCUCUGAUCGUGUUUCAUCCAUACCCAUCUCAACCAAUCAUGAAAAAGCCACCGUUUUGGAGGAUUUUAAACAUGCUGUUCAUGACGAGGUUGAUGUCGUUGAUGUUAAGGUUAAUAUUAAUGUUAGGUUUGAUUUGUGGUUGAAGAUUCAAGAAGAAGCAAGGUUAGAUUUAGAUCAAGAACCAAUUUUAUCUAGCUACUAUUUCAGUUCAAUUUUAUCUCACAAAUCAUUCGAAAACGCUUUAGCAAAUCAACUAUCGGUUCAUUUGAGUAAUUUGAGUCUUUCUAGCACAACCCUUUUCGAUAUUUUCAAGAGUGUUAUUAUUGAUGAUGAAGAUAUCAUAAACGCCAUGAAAUUCGACAUUGAAGCAGUGAAAGAAAGAGACCCUGCUUGUAUAAGCUAUGUCCAUUGUUUACUAAACUUCAAAGGCUUUCUAGCAAUACAAGCUCAUAGGGUAGCACACAAACUAUGGUUACAAGGUAGAAAAGCUUUAGCUUUGUUGAUUCAAAAUCGGGCUUCCGAGGUUUUCGCGGUCGACAUUCAUCCCGGUGCUAAGAUCGGGCGAGGGAUUCUGCUCGAUCAUGCAACGGGACUUGUCGUUGGCGAAACGGCUGUCAUCGGGAACAAUGUUGCGAUUUUGCAUAAUGUUACGUUAGGCGGAACGGGGAAAGCUUGUGGCGAUCGGCAUCCGAAAAUCGGGGACGGUGUUUUGAUUGGUGCAGGGACAUGUAUUUUAGGGAAUAUUAGUAUUGGUGACGGUGCUAAGAUUGGUGCUGGUUCUGUUGUUUUGAAAGAUGUUCCUCCAAGAACUACUGCUGUUGGAAAUCCUGCUAAGUUGAUUGGUGGAAAAGAUAACCCUAUCAUGUUGGAUAAGAUUCCUAGCUUUACUAUGGAUCAUACUUCAUAUAUUUCUGAUUGGUCUGAUUAUGUUAUCUAG